AUGACUUCAAAUAGCUACAGGGCCAUUCGAGCCAAACAAACCCCAAAUACAAUCACGGUGUACCAAGCGUAUUCGCCUCAGAUAGCCGAGCCAGCAAUCAAAGCCCAAACGUUUGUCCCUCCAUUUUCACGGGAGAGAAUGACCUGGAUCAAGCCCUCUUUCCUAUGGAUGGCGUACCGAUCAGGCUGGGCAACGAAGACCCGGCAGGAGCGUGUCCUGGCGAUAGAGAUUACUCUCGAGGGAUUCGAAUGGGCACUGCGCCAUUCCUGUUUGAGUCACUAUACGCCUGAUGAGGAGACAAGCCAGGUGGAAUGGCGAAAGAAACUGCACGCUAGUCCAGUGCGUGUCCAGUGGGAUCCGGAGCGGGAUCUUGUACUGCAGUCUUUGGAUUACCGGAGUAUUCAGAUUGGGUUGAGUGGGGAGGCUGUUGGGAGAUAUCUUGAUGAGUGGAUUGUUUCCAUUACGGAUGUGACUGCUACUAUGAGGCAGAUCGAUGGAUAUCUCAAGGAUGGCAAUGUUGAUGCUGCCAGGGAUUUUGUGCCUGAAGAGACUUCGUAUGUUUUACCUGAAGAUUUGCAGAAGCAUCUGAGGAUGAGAUAA